GUAGCAAGGCCCUCAACUUAGAAGCCACUAGAGCCAUGAAGGUAGCCCUCGUCCUGCUGAUCUCUGGCGUGUUGCUUGUAGCGUACUGCACGCCGCUCGCUGCUGCAGACGACGGAGACGAAGUGGUGGAAGAAAUAGGCGAGAACAGAGACGCUGAUGACGACGAGACGGACGGCUUAACAGACGACGACGCCGAUGACAGCGGUGUAGAGGAGGGUCAAAGUGGAGAGAGUAGGGUUUCAACGAAAGGGUCUCACGCCCGUGCUGGCCACGCCAAACAUGCGAGGGCAGGCAGCCGACACGGUGUGGCCAGAGCCGGAGCCAGACCCCACGCGAGGUCAGGCGCUGCCCGCAGAGCCGCCCACAGCAGGUAGUCGCCACUGCUGAAGAGGUGCCACACAGCGGAGGUGCCAUUCUGGAGCUGCUUAUACUGCCCUGUACCCUCAACUCAUGUGGAAAAAAUAAAGCGCCAUUUCACUUAAAAAAUGUGUUUAAUACCCAGUAUUAUAUAAAUGUAAGCUCAAGCACACACAUAGGUGAUAAAUGAGGACAUGAAAAUGUUGCAAAAGUUCACAAUAUUUUAAAAUUGCUUCAGUAGCUGACUACAAAUGAUGUAGUCCGUGCUUGUUCUGCUGUGAUGUAAAAAGUAAAUUUGUAUUUUUUUUGGUUUAAUAACAGAUUAUCUAUGGAGUACAGUACUGAGGUAUGUGAUACUGAAUCGUUAUGAGAAUUAUCAGGGAGAUUAAUGAAGUGAUAGUUCUCAUGUGCAAGGAACAAGACGAUUAUAAUAUUCCAUUCUAAAACUACAGCAGC